AUGGACAGCAAAAGAACGACAACAGGAGCUUACCAGCCGAGCAGUGGCAAUCAAGAUGGACUCAACUGGGACGCCCCUCCUGCAUACAAGUUUGAAGGACACUCCAAUGAUGGCAGCGUGUCAGCUAAGAUUACGGACGACGGAAGAUUUAACAUCGGUAUCAAGACGAAGCUCUCGGCCAUCCCUGGAUACGACAUUGAAAAACUUGUCACAAACCAAACUCCACAGCGAGUAGUCGCCAAUACUCCAGGCCGAGUGCCACCAUUGAACAUCGUCAUACAGAUUGUUGGAAGUCGAGGUGACGUACAGCCGUUCAUUGCACUAGGUCAAAGGCUCCAAUCAUCUGGUCAUCGCAUACGCAUAGCCACCCAUGGCGAAUUUGAGGACUUUGUGCGUUCUACUGGCCUCGAGUUUUACAAUAUAGGUGGCAACGCGGCUCACCUGAUGGCGUACAUGGUCAAGAACCCCAGCAUCUUUCCAUCGUUCGCUACGAUGAAGUCUGGCGAGAUUGGCCGGAAACGAAAGAUGGUAUACGAAAUGCUGAACGGAUGCUGGAGAUCUUGCAUCAUGCCAGACGCCCGAACAGAAAUCCCUUUCGUCGCAGACGCCAUCAUCGCCAACCCGCCCAGUUUCGCCCAUGUACACUGCGCUCAAGCACUGGGCGUUCCCGUGCACCUCAUGUUCACCAUGCCAUGGUCACCGACGAAAGCCUUCCCUCACCCGCUGGCGAACAUGCAGACCGAAGAAAGCGAUCCGCAGACGGCGAACUUCAUGUCAUACAGAAUUGUCGAUGUCAUGACCUGGCAGGGACUUGGCGACGUGAUCAACCUCUGGAGAAAGAAGACCUUGGGACUGGAUGCUGUUGCGAAUAUGGUGGCUCCUCGCCUCGCAGAGAUACUCCAGGUCCCCUUCACAUAUUGCUGGUCGCCCGCAUUGGUGCCGAAGCCCUCCGACUGGCCAUCAUACAUUGAUGUUUGCGGUUUUUUCUUUCGAGAAGAGAAACCAUACACACCUGACCGCGAGUUGGACGCAUUCCUGCGCGCUGGUCCAAGACCCAUAUACAUAGGCUUCGGAAGCAUCGUCAUGGAGAAUCCGGAAAACAUGACCGAUUUGAUCAUUUCUGCAGUCAAGGCCUGUCGAGUACGAGCCAUUGUGUCCAAAGGGUGGAGCAAGCUCGGUGCUGGCAGAUCCGACAGGGACAUCUUGUUCCUCGGUGAUUGUCCUCAUGAGUGGCUUUUCAAACACGUCGCAGGGGUGAUUCAUCAUGGUGGUGCUGGCACAACAGCUUGUGGUCUGUUAAAUGGACGACCCACUGGUAUCGUGCCAUUUUUCGGACCAUUAUGGGGCAACAUGGUCGCAGUGGCAGGCGCCGGACCCAAACCGAUACACCAUAAAGAGCUGAACUCCGAAAAUCUAGCAGCGAUGAUACGCAAGUGCCUGGAACCAGCAACAUUGCAAGCGGCAGCAGACAUUGCGAGACGCAUGAGCCAUGAGCGAGGUGUUGACGCCGCCGCAGAAUCUUUUUUCCGCAACUUGCCCGCCCAAGCGAUGACCUGCGAUAUCAUCAACGGCCAAAAGGCGUCCUGGGUGUGGUCAGAUGAGCAGAGUAACAAGCUCAAGCUCUCAGAUUUGGCACUGCACACGCUACCAUAUCCUAUUACCAUCGAGAACCAGCGCUGGGACCCUCUGACCGCAGGUGGAUCUGCCAUCAUGGGAGCUGCAGUGGACGUCUUAACGGCUGUCAGUGGUCUCUUCUUCGGCCUCAAGAGCGAGUUCAAACAAUCAAAUGGCUCUCGUGACGAGAGCGGCGAUCGCAGAGCUGCCAGAGUCGCGAUCAAGACGUCUCGCUCGGUGGCUGAAAUAGGAGGAGUGGCAGUGAAAGCGUCGCUAGUGGACUACCCGAUGGCACUUGUCGACGGUCUGGACGGUAUACCUGCUUUGCUUGGUGGCAAGACAAGACGAUUUGAGCCAGUGACCGACUGGAGAAGCGGAGGUAGAGUUGCCUGCAAGAAAUUUGGCAUGGGCUUUGUGGACGCUUUCGCAAACCUCGCCAUGCACCCAAUACGAGGCGCCAAAAACGAAGGCUUUGCUGGGUUCAUGAAGGGCAUACCUGCCGGCGCAUUCGGCUUCGUAACCACCCCAGCAGCUGGCAUAUUUGGACUUGUAGCAUAUCCAGCUCAAGGCGUGUACAAGUCUAUCAAGACCAUGUACAAUCCUGACAGGCAAGAGAUACUUUUCGCCCGCCAGGUCCAUGGUGCUUACCUCAACACGAGAUACAAGCUUGGUCCCGAACAGGUAGCCAUAGUAUUGAGUGCCUUUGACGCGACUCGGGCCACAUUACGCCGCGGUCGCAAGAAGAACAAGAAGUGA